CUUCACCUCACCUCACCUCUUGCACAGGCUUGCACGGCUCGGCACAACGAGGUGGGUCGCGGCAAGAUGCCGGUGUCAAGAAUGCGCAUGAGGCCCUGGCUGGAAAUGCAGAUUAAUUCCAAUAAAAUACCAGGACUGAUAUGGAUUAACAAGGACAAGAUGAUGUUUCAAAUCCCAUGGAAACAUGCAGCUAAGCAUGGCUGGGACAUGGAGAAGGACGCCUGCCUCUUCCGGAGCUGGGCCAUUCAUACAGGAAGAUACAAGGUAGGUGAAAAAGACCCUGAUCCAAAAACCUGGAAGGCAAAUUUCCGCUGCGCUAUGAAUUCACUGCCUGACAUCGAAGAAGUGAAGGAUAAAAGCAUCAACAAAGGCUCCAGUGCUGUCAGGGUCUACAGGAUGCUGCCACCCUUGACAAAGGAUCAGAAGAAAGAAAGGAAGUCAAAGUCUUCACGAGAAGCCAGAAACAGGAGCAAGAGAAAGUCCCCUGAAGAUACGAGGAUGGAGGAGUCAGCAGAAAGGCUAACCAACGCUGCUCCAGCAGAUGACCACAGCGGCUACACUGUCCACAACUACAUGGGGCAGGAAGUGGAGGUUGAGAGCACGUCCAUCACCUUAGACAUCUCCCCAUGUGAGGUGAGCAGCUCCCUGACCGACUGGAGGUCACAGAUGGAGGCCACCAUGGCUGACAGCACCAAUGACAUCUACCAGCUCCAGGUGUCUCCCCUGGCUUCAUCCUCAGAAGUCACAGACGAAGAUGAAGAGGAAAUGAACUCGGAUAUUUUUAAGCUGUUCGAACCAGCCCAAGACUGGCACACCACCAGCGUUGGGGGGAAAGGCUUCCUCACCAACGAGCUGGGCACACAGACCAUGUGCAACACUUACAGCUACAAGGAGCAGGAUGCGGAGAUCGACACAACUUCAGGAGAGCUGGAGUUCAGGUUCUUUGACUCGAAAAACAGCCUCGAGUUGCUGUCUCCCUGGCUGGAGACAGCGAGAGCUCCCAUGCAAGUCAUUCCCUGUGGCUUGUAAAGCCCUGGCUUCCUCCGACCACAAACUGUUCUUGGGUAGAAACUUGGACAAGCCUGAAGAGAAUGGAAGAAAUUGUUUGUUACUGACUGAAGAAAGUAGCUUUUCUAUUCCGUUUUAACUUUUAGGCCUGAAAAGGUUAGCAAGGGAAACUCCAUUAUCGAUUAGAAAGGGGAAAGGAACCCCAUCACUAGCAGGACUCCUGGCUCCGAAGAUGCUCAGUAGCAGUAUGCACCUUGUCAUUGCUUUGGAGGUGAAGCUUCUGAUGGAUGUGACCUGGUGGGGUACCACUGAGUGUGCUGGAGGUCUUGGGGGGAGACACUGCCUCCCUGUGCGAGAUGCGAUGGACACUUUACCCACGGAGUACUUAGGAGACACGCUGCAAAUGAGACUCUGACCCGUUAGUUUUGGUUGCUGCUUACCUGUGCAACACUGGUGACAUUGGGCUUAAAGACUGUCAUACACUUAGUCAGGAAAAUUGCACUAAUUGGCUCUCUUCUUUGAUUUACUCCAUCACAUAGUUCAUCUUUCAGCUGCGUAAAUAAGAUGUGAAAACCCAGUUUAGGCUUUGCUUCCACAUAGUACACUUACCCCGGUCCACUCAUAGGAUGUUAUCUGCUCAUAGGCAUGCCAUAUGUACUUCCACAUAGUAGUUGAAGAGCUGCUGCAUGACAACUUUUGCACUGAUAGGGGCAGAGCUCUUUAUUUAUUCCAUGUCUUCCUGGGAUCCCUUCUAGCGGCAGCACCUGCAGCCCCUGCAGCAGCACGAGCAGGGGAGCGUGGCUGGGGGGGGUUCCAGUGUGUGUGUGUUAUACCUAGGAAUCAAAUCACUAAGCUGUAAUGGUCUAUUUUCUUGUACAUUUUAUUUUUGUACAUAAAGUGCUGUAUAUUUGUUUUAAUAAAGAGGUUUUAUAUACGGUA